AUAGGAGAGACUGGAAUUGUCUCCCUUGAACGUCGGUGGUCGGCCAUAUUGUUUAGCAAUCAUUAAAUGCAAGUUUUUUGGUUUAUUUAAGACAGAGAAAAUAUUCCUGGACAGAAGAGACUCCUUGACUUGAUUUAUUUAUUGCCUCGAAGUUCAAUUUUACCAUGUGUGCUCUACCUGCUGCACCUCCUGGCAAGAGGAAAGAGAUCUAUAAAUACGAAGCACCAUGGACUGUAUAUGGAAUGAACUGGAGUAUUCGUCCAGACAAGCGGUUUCGAUUAGCUCUCGGUAGUUUCAUGGAAGAGUACAACAACAAGGUGCAAAUUGUGUCUUUGGAUGAAGAAACAUCUGAAUUCACAUCAAGAAGCACAUUUGACCAUCCUUACCCCACAACUAAAAUCAUGUGGAUCCCGGAUGCUAAAGGUGUAUUUCCUGAUUUGCUAGCUACCAGUGGAGACUACUUGAGAGUAUGGAGAGUUGGAGAGAAUGAUACAAGAUUGGAGUGCCUCUUAAACAAUAACAAAAAUUCCGAUUUUUGUGCUCCUCUGACAUCAUUUGACUGGAAUGAAAUUGACCCUAAUCUAUUGGGAACUUCAAGUAUUGACACUACUUGCACAAUUUGGGGUUUAGAGACUGGUCAGCUUUUGUGCAGGGUAAAUUUGGUGUCGGGCCAUGUGAAGACACAGCUUAUAGCUCACGACAAAGAAGUGUAUGAUAUUGCUUUUAGUCGUGCUGGUGGUGGAAGAGAUAUGUUUGCUAGUGUUGGGGCUGAUGGAUCUGUGAGAAUGUUUGAUUUACGACAUCUGGAACAUUCCACUAUUAUAUAUGAAGAUCCCCAACAUCAUCCACUUCUACGGUUAGCAUGGAAUAAGCAGGAUCCUAACUACUUAGCGACAAUGGCUAUGGAUGCAAUGGAGGUUAUCAUUCUUGAUGUAAGAGUGCCAUGCACCCCUGUGGCUCGACUCAAUAAUCACCGUGCCUGUGUGAAUGGUAUUGCCUGGGCUCCACAUUCCAGCUGUCACAUCUGCACAGCUGCGGAUGACCAUCAAGCUCUGAUAUGGGAUAUACAGCAGAUGCCUCGAGCUAUUGAAGACCCUAUCUUAGCCUAUACAGCAGCUGGUGAGAUUAAUCAAAUCCAAUGGUCAUCGACCCAACCAGAUUGGAUUGCUAUCUGCUAUAACAACUGUUUGGAGAUUCUGAGAGUUUGAAGUAAAAUACAGAAGCACUGAUACAAAACAUUAUUUAAGGGACUACACACUUUUUAAAAAAAA